CCCCGUCUGUCCUGCUCGUCUCCGAGGCAGCGGCUUCCCGCGCAUGCUCCAUCGGAGGGCGCGGGCUGACAGCUGCGCUCGGCGCCAGCCUGGGCACUGAAGGAAGCAGCGCAGCGGCGACCGCGGGCGCGAGGAGCAGGGCACUGGGCACGGGUGAGACGGGCGCUGCUCCCGGACCCCAGUGGAGGCGGCCUGAGGAGGAGGAAGGGCUGCUCCAAAGGGGCACAGAACCAUUGGACAGCCGUUGGAUAGACUAUGGCCAAGGGCUUGUGGGAAGAUGGGCAGCACUAAAGAGACAGCCAGCCUGCAGCUGUUACAUCAAGAACCUGGGCCCCACUUGCCACAAGUAGCUCAGUCUGCCUCUCUGUGUGAUCAGGUUAGGAGCUGCCAAACAGCAGACCUCGCUAUGAGGAACUGCUGUGUGAGUGAGCUGGGCCUCCCUAGUGAAGCAGCCAGCUCCGAGCCCCAAGUUCAUCCCAAGAAGGAGGCCUCAGAGGUGAGUCUGGGACCUACCCACUCCUGUGGGCCUGCAGAAUUGGCAUCUGGAUCAGAGAAACAAUUACCACUGAGUCCAAAAGAACUGGGUCCUAGUGGGAUCUCCCUGGUUUGCUCCUCUGAUUCCAAGUGCUCCAGCCCCUCUCCAACUUGGGCCACCAGGGGAAAAGAGGAGUCAGAGAAAGAGACCACUUUGGGGCUACCAGAAGAGCCACCCCAAGAAGAAGCUAUAAUAGAAACUUCAGGCCUGCUGCCAGCUUCAACCUCAGGGAAGCCAGAUCCUGUGUCCUGUGAGAAAAAGGAUCCUACACCCUUGGGGAAAAUAAAUUCUGUCACUUUGGAGAGCAUGGAUCCCAUGUCCUCAGAAAAAAAUGAUUCCACCUCCAUGGGGAUGAAGGAUCCCUUGUCCUCAGGAAGAUCAGACCCUGCAUCACUGAAGAAGGAUGGUCCUGUGUCGCUGAAGAAUGUAGAUCCUGCAUCCUCAGGGAAAACAAAUCCCUUGACCCAGGGGAAAGCAAAUCCUCUGUCUAUGGGAAAGAUGGAUCGCAUUUCCUUAGGGAAAGCAGAUCCUUCAUUCUCAGAGAAGGCAAACUCUAUACCUUCUGGGAAGACAGAUCCUGUGUUCUUAGGGAAAGUGGAUUCUCUGUCCUUGGGGAAGGAAGUUGUCAUUGCUUCAGGAAAGACAGAUUCUUUGUCUUCAGGAAAAGUAGAUUCUGUGGCCUCAGGGAAGGCGAAUUCCAUGUCCCAGGGAAAAAUGGACCCUGGGACCUUGCUGAAGGAAGAUGUCAUUGCCUCAGGAAAGGCAGAUCUCAUGUGUGCAGGGAAAGUACAUCCUGUGUCCUUAGGGAAGGUAGAUUCCACAUCUCUGGGGAAAGUGGAUCCUGUGCCUUUAGGGAAGGCAGAUCUCAUGUGCUCUGUGGAGGUAGAUCUCACAUCCUUAGGAAAAGUCAAUCUAGCAUCCUUGGGAAAGGCAACUUCCAUUUCUCCAGAGAAAGUGGAUUCUGUGCCCUUCAGAAAUGCGGAUCCUAUUUCCUCAGAGAAAGCAAAAGCUAUUCCCUCGGGAAAGAUAGAGCCUAUGCUGUCAGGAAAGACAGAUCCCAUCCCUUUGGGGAAGACAGAUCCCAUGUCCCUGAAGAAGGAAGAUCUCAUGUCUUUAGGGAAUGCAGAUUCUGUCCCCUUGGGGAAGGUGGAUCAUGUUUCCUUGGACAAGGUGAAGCCUAUGUCUUUGGGGAAGACAGAUUAUGUCUCCUCAGGGAAGGUGGAUCAUGUUCCCUCAGACAAAGUAGAUCCUAUGUCCUUGGGGAAGGUAGAUCCAAUGUCUCCAGAGAAAACAGAUUCUAGACACAUGGAAAAGGUUGAUCCUGUACCCUUGGAGAAGGCAGAACUCACAUCCUCGAAGAAGGGAGACUCUGUGUCUUCAGAGCAAUUGGAUCCCCUGCCCUUGAAUAAGGUGGAUCCCAAGCCUUUGGAGAAGGUAAAUCCUAUGUCCAUGGAGGAACUGGAUGCUAUGUCUUUGGGAAAAGCAGACCCUGUGUCCUUUAAGAAGUCUCCAGCCUCAAAAGAACUUCUCCCAGAAACCUCGAGUCAGAGCUCAGCCUGCCCUAAAUCAGAAACAAUGCCUUUCUCUGACUCCCAGAGAUUGAACAAAGAAAUGGCUAUUUAUGGAGCACCCCAGGACACCCAGCCUGACUUCAGCCACAAGGCAGCAGCAACUCUCCUCGCCACUGGACCUGAAACCCCUUCAGUGAAGGUUCCUGAGACCCAAGCCAUCACAGAGGAAUCUCAAAAAACAGCAUCUGCAUCCCCAAGCCAAGGAUGGUCAUCAGGGUGCUCUCCACAAUCAGCCCUACAGAAAAUGAACCCAGCUGACCCUGCCAAGGCUGGAGCAGAGGAAAUCCCACUGACCCCAGAGAGGAUCCAGGAGCUUCCUGGAGCUCCACAGAAAGGAGUGGGUCCAACUCCAGUCAGGGAAGUCAGGACUAGGGAUAAUUUCACUAAGGUGCCAUCCUGGGAUGUGAGCACUCCACAACAGGAUGCUGGCACCCAGGCAGAUACACGUGCUGUCUGCGUGUCUGUGGCAGUGAGCCCCAUGACUCCCCAGGAUGGUUCAGGCCCCACAACCUUCAGCUUCCAACCCAGUGCUCAGAAUGCUCCAGCUUCCCGGAGUCCUGGCCUACUGCUAUCCAAGAAGGAUGUAGAGAUGCAGGUGUCUAUGAGUGUGGAGACCCGAUCAGUAGCCACUGGCCCCAUGACCCCAGUGACCACAUCACCCCACUCCUCAUAUCCAGAAGUACAGGUGCGAGCAGCUGAGGAAGCGCCUGAGCCUGUGCGGGAGGUCAGCUGGGAUGAGAAGGGCAUGACAUGGGAGGUGUACGGGGCCUCCAUGGAGGUAGAGGUGCUAGGCAUGGCCAUCCAGAAGCACCUGGAAAAGCAGAUCGAGGAGCAUGGGCGGCAAGGGGGACCAUCUGGGUCACAGCUACCUAGCACUCGGGCUGGCUCUCUCAGAGGUGGCCCCCGGCCUGGGGAAGCCAAACGCCCCCCCCAGCUUGUUCAGGGCCCUGUUGCAGAGUAUGCGGAGGCCCCGGUGCUGCUCCCGGGCCGGCCCUACAGCUGAGUGAGCCACUCUUCACCCUACCCUGGUCCUAGGUCCUCCCCUCUCCUUUUUUAUAAAUCUACACCAGUGUCUUGUGGUUUCUCAGGCAACACCUCACCUCCCACAUCCUCCUCCCUAAUUCUCACCUCUGCUGAAGCCUCUGAAGAGUGAAUCGCUCACUUUCACACAACUACACUGGGGGUCAGAGGCAGAAUGAUCCCAAAGCACCCACACUAGGUCCUCUGGCCAGUCUAAAGUCAUCCCUGCCCAAUAUGCCUGGGUUUCUCCCUUUUGCCUCCCUCAGUCCUGCAGGAAUGGGUUCAUCAAGGAACUCAACAUAGCCCAGGGCCACUGGGAACCUGCUCAACCCCACACCCCAGCCUGGGCCCCACUGCCCUUUUGAAGGCACAAGCCCCAGCACCUGUACCUGGUGUGUCUCUGAUCCCAAGGCCCAGAGAGCCCUCCCCAUCUCACCCCAACCCCAGGCCUUGGAGGUGGCCUUGGAUCCAGUCAGUCCUUUGGAUCCCUGGGUUGCUCCCUCCCCAAACCUCCUUGACUGAGCCCCUGAGGUAGGGAGGGGAGAAGAGAGGGUUGUGAUGAGAGGAGAGGUUGCUACCCCAGGACCACAAAACCCUGAUAAUAGCUGACAUUUGUUCUCUUGUGCUCUGAAGUUGGCAAAGUAUUGUACAUCUGUUAUCUCCCUUGGCCCUCACAAUGGCCCCAUGGCGUAGGAAGGACCACAGGUAUUAUCAUCUCCAUUUUACACUGAGGGAACAAGCUCAGAGAGCUAUGUACCUUGCUCUCAGUCUCAUUGCUAGGAAGUGUCUGAGGCAGGAUUUGAAUUUAGAUCUCUCCUGAUCCCAAGCCCAGUACCGCACUGCCUCUCCCACAUGGCCCUAGAUAGGGCAAUGCAUGAGAAAUAUGGACAAUUUGGUAGCAAAGUCUGUUUGCAUGUGGAGCCAUGAAGGAAGACCUCAAGUGAGUAUGUAAGUUCUCAAGUGUGUGAGGCUCCGAGUGUGCAAGCCCCAAGUACACUGCCUCAAAGCUACCAGUAUUUAUCAAAUGGCCCAUGUGUCCCCAUUUCUGAAUCCCUCAGCAGCCUGGACUUGUCUGGAUUAUUCAGAGAAUGGGAUGUAGAAGCUGAUGGCAGGACCCCUGCAGGGCUUAAAAUGACCCCUUACCUCUCCUUAGUCUAUGCUACAAAGGUUGGGCUGGGGGACGUCAGAUGUUUCUUCUGGCCUCCAUUUUCUCCUGGUUAGAGAGGCAGGGAAAUUCCCCAAGCCUUCGCCUGAUUUCCCCAAUUAAAAUUUAUUUCUAAAUGCCUAGGACAUCUAAAGUGAGCUGCUAUUAAGACAGCCUGAUUACCUCCUGGUUGCUGUGUCCAAGGCAAUUGAGGAGGAGGCUCACAGACCAUGUCGGGGCUCCUA